AUGAGUGGUAUUGCCAAGAACGCUGCCUCCUCCUUCCGACGACAAGCCCCACGAGGGGCAAAGAGCUGGGGACGAUCUCUACCAUCCAUCAGUGCCAAGAAUAAUUUCGCAGAUGCCAAUCCAGAGAUCGAUCCAGCUCACUUUCAACCACUGGGAACCUGGGGUUCGGACAAAUUGAAUGCUUCUCGCCAGGAGAACCCAUUCAUGAUGACCUGGGUGCCAGGAGCUGCCAGACAUUCUGUUCCGAACAUGACUCAUGGAGAAGGAGUUUACCUGUUUGAUGACAAAGGAAACAAAUAUUUGGAUUGGACUUCUCAGGCCGUCUGCGCCAAUUUGGGCCACGACGUACCCAAGGCAGUUGUCGAUGCAGCUGCUCAACAAAUGGCCACUCUUCCUUUUGUAUAUGGAGGAAUUGGUAUGACUGAAGUCCGAACUCGCCUUAAUCAGCUCAUGUCUGAGAUUCUACCAGGUGACUUGCGAGCAGCCGUGUACCCAUCCUCAGGUGCCGAAGCCAACGAGGCUGGAAUUAUGAUGGCUCGCCGAUUCACUGGACGACAAAAGAUCAUCACUUGGUACCGGUCUUACCACGGAGCCACUGCUAAUGCUGGAGCCGCCACUGGUGAUUUCCGCCGUUGGUAUGGAAGUGAUGAAGUCCCUGGAUUUGUCAAGGCCUUUAAUCCUUUCCCGCUCUUUUUCAACCACGGAGGACCCAACGCCACCGAAGAAGAAUCAGUCCAAGCCGCUUUGAACAUGUUGGAGGAACAAAUUCUUAAUGAAGGUCCCGACAAUAUUGCCUCUAUUAUCAUGGAAUCCGUUGUUGGAGCAGGAGGAUGCCUCGUCAUGCCACCAGGCUACAUGCAAGGAAUCCGCGCUCUUUGCGAUCAAUACGGUAUUCUGAUGCACGUCGAUGAAGUUAUGGUAGGAUUUGGCCGCACUGGAAAGCUUUUUGGAUUCCAAAACUACGAAGGUGUCAUGCCCGAUAUUGUCUCUUCUGCCAAGGGAAUUUCUUCCGCUGCAAUUCCCAUGUCCAUGACUGCUUGCAACGCUGAAAUUAUGGACUUUUUUGAAGACAAACCACUUGGCUGGGGAUCCACUUAUCAAGCGCAUCCCGUCGCUAUGGCCGUUGCCUAUGAGAAUAUCAAGUAUUUGAUCGAAAACAACAUUGUUGGACGAUCCGCAAACAUGGCUCCCUUGUUUGAAGCCUGUAUGCAAAAGCUCGCCAAUGAUCACCCAAGCAUCAAGCAAUACCGUGCAAUUGGCAUGUUUGGUUGCUUUGAUAUCCAAGAUACUAAUGGUGCCAACCCCAAAUUGCAACACGAAGCCGCUCACCAAGCGUUCCACAAGUACAAGCAAGCCUACAUUGAGAACGGAUUGGUCGGAUUGCACCGGUACCCACACAUUCACUGCGCACCUCCACUCAGCAUUACCGAAGAAGAGCUCAUUGACGGAUUCCAACGCCUCGAUCGAGCAUUGGAUGUCUUGGACGAUGCCCUUGGCUUUGAGAAGGAAGUCCAACUGGAAACUGCUGUAUGA